AUGGACGAGCCCUCACAAGAAGUGUGGAAGAGCGAUCCGACACCAUCGCCGUCACCGACUCUCCCAUCGUCACCACCCCCGCGUACACCCACGCCCGAACCAGAACCGGAGCCUGAGCCCGAGCCCGAGCCGGAACCUGAGCCUGAGCCUAAAGAGCCGACCCCUUCACCCACACCUCCACCUUCCCCAUCACCUUCACCCACUCCUUCACCAGAACCAGUGAAGGAACCCUCACCUGAACCUGAAAUAUCGCCUGAACCAAGUCCAGUGCCUACUCCUGAACCUCCACGUGAACCGACACCAGAGCCAGAACCCGAACCAGAGCCGGAACCAGAGCCAGAACCUGAACCACUGCCGGAACCGGAACCUGAGCCAGAACCGGAGCCAACUCCGGAACCCUCUCCAAAACCCCGACAACUUACUGCAGAAGAAAUUGCUGCACAGAAAAGACGGGAAUACAGCGAAAUGGCUAAACGAAGAUACGAAGAAUAUCAGAAACAGUGGAAAAAGUUCCGGCAACGAGCGCACCGACCGGGUGUGCCAGAACAUCGACCAGGUUCUGCGUUGCCACCGUCUCGAAGAGGUUCAGGGGCACCAUCAUCGUCUAGGCGAGAGUCAAAUGUGCCAUCAUCCGGGCGAAGUUCGGCGGCGCAUUCCUCGAAAAACUCCACUCGACCAGGAACUCCAGAAAGCUCAUCGUAA